GCGUUCCCUCUCUCUCUCUCGCACCCUUCUCGGCUUCGUUCAAGUCCAUGCUAGUCUUUCUAUCCUUCGGGGACCCGUUGUCCUUCGUUUGAUCAGCAACGACGAGAAUGGACCCCUCCUCACCGCCCUCCUCCAUUCUCAUCAUCGGGUCCGGGGUCUUCGGCCUGUCCACAGCAUUCGAACUCACCCGACGCCCCUUCUUCGCCCGCACAUCCAUCACCGUCCUCGAUCGCUCUCCCGACAACGGGGUCUUUCCGUCCUCCGACGCCUCCAGCAUCGACUCGUCACGCAUCAUCCGUCCCGACUAUGCGGACCCUGCCUAUGCCUCUCUCGCAGCCAAAGCCCACGAAUACUGGCGCCAACAAGUGGACGAUGAGCUCGGCGGUCAGGGUCGCUACACGGAGAGCGGCAUGAUCCUUCUCGCCGAUUCACCGUCCACUGCCCAGGCCGACCCCAAGACUGGACUCGGCGCGAAACAGGUGGAAGAGAAGAAGAAAUCCGCGCUGGAAUACGUCCGCGAGAGCUGGGAUAACGUGCGCGCCCUCGCAGCCCAGGAAGCCAGCGGCUUGUCAGCAGAGAAGAUCAGGGAGCUUCCCAACGCGACUGCCGUCAUGGAGGCCAUGGGAACCGACCCCACAAUAGCGGCCGUCAACCGGCCCGGCGAUUGGGGUUAUCUCAACGGGACGAGCGGCUGGGCCGACGCCGAGAAGAGCAUGGCCUGGUUCUUUAACAAGGUCCGACAGACAGGCCGCGUCAAUUUCGUCCACGGAACGGCCACCGCCCUAACUCGUACAGGCGAUCGCGUGACGGGCGCACGGCUGGACUCCGGCCGCCACCUCGAGGCCGACCUAGUCAUCGUCGCGACGGGCGCCUGGACCGGUGCCCUCGUCGACCUCGCAGGUCAAGCCAUCGCCACGGGCCAGGCCCUCGCCUACAUGGAUAUCACCCCGGAGGAGCAAGCUGCGCUGUGCCGCAGACCGGUCAUCCUCAACCUGAGCACCGGGUUAUUCGUCAUCCCUCCUGCGGUGUGCCAGCUCAAGGUCGCCCGUCAUAGCUACGGCUACAUCAACCCCCAACCCACCUCGCCAGACGUCCUGCCCACACGGCCCGGCGCACGCCUCCCCGCCAACUCCACCUCGCUCCCCCGCACACUUCUCUCCGAUCCGAACCUCCGCAUCCCCUCCGAAGGCGAAGCCGAUCUCCGCAGGGCCAUCCGGGCCAUGGUGCCCCUGAAGGAACUGCACAACCGGCCAUUUGUGAAGACGCGACUGUGCUGGUACACGGAUACGUCGACGGGUGAUUUUCUCAUCGAUUACCACCCAGGUUGGAAAGGGCUCUUCGUCGCUACGGCGGGGAGCGGGCACGGCUUCAAGUUCUUGCCCGUCAUCGGAGAGCUGAUCGUUGAUUGUCUGAAAGGGAGACGGCCGGCCGAGUUUGACGAGAAGUGGAAGUGGAAGGGCAACGACGCGAAAGAAGACGUACAACAGCUCGAUAAGCAUAUUGUCACAGAAGAUGGGAGCAGAGGUGGCAGGCCAGGUCUCAUACUGGCAGAAGAGCUUGCCAAGGAUAAUAGUCUUAAGCCUCGAAUGUAAAAAGAUAUUUUCCUUUUUCUUGUUGGCGCCUGCAUGCAAAUAAAAUAUUGAAUACAUUGACGGUCAGUUCCAUGGCACAAGGCGGGCCUCUACAACAACAACAACAACAACAACAACAACAACAACAACAGUA